AUGUUCAGGUUGCGCCAAAGUGCACUGUCUAGCCAAACAUGGCGCCAGUCAACAAUCUGUUCGCGAGGCGUUCGCAAGCUUUCGUCCAAGAGUCCUUAUCUAAGAGUCUCUGAUGAAGUCCAGCAAGCUAUCCACGAGAACAGACCGGUUGUUGCACUCGAAAGCACAAUUUAUACUCAUGGAUUCCCUUAUCCAGACAAUAUUGCCUUGGCUUCGCACUUGGAAAGUAUUGUCAGAGCCGGCGGCGGCGUACCUGCUACCAUUGGCAUUCUCGACGGUAUUGCUCGUGUAGGCUUAGAUGCUGAGGAAGUCAUCCGUCUCGCUGGUGCCGCUGGCAAAUCUGACACACUCAAAAUCUCAAGACGCGAUUUGGGCUUUGCUUGCGGCAUGGGCUCCCNNCCUGGACGUCGCUAUAAUGGCGGCACGACUGUCGCGGGUACCAUGAUCCUGGCUCAUCUGGCUGGCAUUCAAGUCUUCGCUACAGGAGGCUUGGGCGGUGUUCACAGAGGCGCUGAAAGCACUAUGGAUAUCUCGGCUGAUUUGACCGAGCUUGGUCGCACUCCAGUCGCGGUCGUAAGCAGCGGCUGUAAGAGCUUCCUAGACAUCGGAAGAACUCUAGAGUAUUUGGAGACCCAAGGUGUACCUGUUGCUACCUUUGCCGAUGGACGUGAGGGCAAAAUAGACUUCCCUGCUUUCUGGACCAGGGAGAGUGGUAUCCAGAGCCCAAUUAUUCUGGACAGUGAGAAGACAGCUGCUUCAGUCAUACACGCGCACAGGUCAUUGGGUCUGCAGUCUGGUUUGUUGUUCGCAAACCCCAUCCCCGAAGCCUUUAGUAUUGCCAAAGCCGAGAUGGACAAGGUAAUCGACGAGGCUCUGCAGGAGGCGGCACAGGCCGGUGCUACUGGAGCUGCCAACACUCCUUUCAUACUUGCCAAGAUCAAAGACUUGACAGGCAAGAACAGUGUCAAGUCCAACCAGGCUUUGAUCGAAAACAAUGUCCGAAGAGGUACUUCGGUGGCGGCCGAGCUGAUGAAGCUGCAAGCCGAAACCGAGUCGGGUCAAGCUUCGAUGUUCCAACCAGCCCCACGCUCCCAGAUAGUCGGAUCAAAAUCUUCCAACCAUACCACAACCGGUGUUCAUGAGUCUGUAUCUACUCCCGUCGAGCUGACCAAGAGUUCACAACCCUCAUCGGUCUNNUUUGUGGCUGGAGCCCUUGCUGUUGAUUUCUCGUGUGAUUAUGCUCCAAUAUCCUCUACCGCAAGCAAAGAGCCUGCUCUGCAUACAUCAAACCCAGCUAAGAUCAGUCAAUCGCUUGGUGGUGUAGCUCACAAUGUCGCUCGGGCAGCGAACCUUGUAGGCGACCCAGUGCGUCUCUGCAGUUCAGUUGGCGACGAUCUCUCAGGCAGAGCUGCUCUUGAUGCACUUGCUACCGAAGGUCUCGGAAGCACUGGUAUCAAGACUCGUCAAGGCAGCAGCACGGCUCAAUAUGUGGCGGUCAACGAUGCCAGCAAAGAUCUGGUACUCGCUAUGGCCGACAUGGACAUUCUUGAUGAGCCUGCAGCCCAUCCAGGACAGCCGUCGACAUCUACAUCUACUUCAAGCGACACGCUCAAUGACUUUUGGCUGCCACAACUACGGGAGAGCAAGCCCACACACCUAGUUCUGGACGCAAACUGGCAGCCACCUUCUUUGGCACGUUGGCUUGAAGCCGCAGAAUCGAUCUCUGCGCAUGUUGCCUUCGAGCCUGUGAGCACAGCGAAGGCGCCUAGGAUCUUCCAACUCCCACAAACGCCGCUGAAGACAUUCCCCAACGCAUCGAUACAUCUGUCCACUCCCAACUCUAUGGAGCUAUCAGCCAUGUAUGCAGCAGCAAGUUCGCUCGGCUUCUUCGAUCGUCAGGACUGGUGGGCAGUCAUUGACUCCCUAGGCAUUCCUUCCACAGGAGCUCGUGUGGCAAUGACUAUGGCUACAAACUCCGCCCUUGUCGAUGCCGGAAUCCCCCAACAGACUAUCCAGCUCUUACCUUUCAUCCCCAAAAUAUGUGUCAAGCUCGGCGCUGAUGGCGUACUCCUCACUCAAAUCUUGCCUGCCGAUGAUCCGCGCCUACAGGAUCCUGCGUCUUCGCCAUACAUACUCAGUCGCUGCUUCAAUCUUCCUGAGGAGUCGUCUGGUGUCGGUGGUGUCUAUAUGCGUCUCUUCCCUGCUGCUGAAAAGGUCGAUGAGAAGGACAUUGUCAGUGUUAACGGUGUGGGAGAUACCUUCCUUGGCACUAUUGUCGCCGGUCUCGCUAAAAGAGGUAAAGAUGCGAAGAUCGAAGAAUUGAUCGAUAUUGCUCAGAAAGCUGCUGUCCUGACGUUGAAGAGCAAGGAGGCUGUAAGCCCUGAGCUUUCAAGUCUGAGAUCGUUACUAUAG